AUGAAGCACAACAACACCGCACCGCCCAACGCGGCCGGAAGACAUGGGGACGCCCUGGUCCACGAGGUAACCGGGCUCACCAACCUUCGAGAGCGUGUCCUAGAAAUCACGAAGCAGCUCAGCGAUACAUUGCACGUCGUAGAAAGAGAUAAAGAGAUCGAUAGAAAGCAACUAAGCAAAGCUCUCAAGAGCGCGCUACUCGCGCUCGCCAAAAUCAAGGACACCCCUGACGUAGCCACCCUAGAAGAGAAGGCAAAUACACAAGCAGCAGCAACAGCGGGUAAAGAAGCGAAGACAGCGGCGAUUGAGGCAGUCGACAUAGGCAGGACGGUACUCAGAAGCAAAGGGACACAGCAGCAGCAGGCUAUGGCAAGCUAUGCCGCUGUGGCAGCGCAAGGAGCGAUGGCAACAAGUAUAUAUAGCCCACAAAACACAAGACCACCUGCUCAAACGCAUCGUGAGAUCAUCAUGAAUAUUAGAAAUGCACAAACGAUCCUCCACUUGCGGGCCAUGAACCCACGCAACCUGAAAGCCCACGUCAAGCAAGCUAUAGCCCAGGGCGGAGUAACCAACGCAAAGGUCAUACAGUCCGCCCAGGAAUGGGUCACUAGGAUAGGGAACGGAAUGUCAAUACGCCGCCAGACGUACGGUGUUCUCAUACACAGCGUAUAUACUAAAGAUGUAGACAUGGAUAGACUGGACGAGAUCAACGCCGCUAUCUUGAGUGAGAACAAGCCUUUCAUCCCAACAGCAGAAAUCAAAUACAUAGGAUGGCUCAGUCGGAAGGCACAGACCAAGAGGAUGUCCACGCUGGUAAUCGAGUUUACUAAGCCGGAGGAUGCGAAUAAGAUCAUUGAUGAGGGGUUAACAUGGCAGGGGUGCCACCAUGACACCGAGAGAUACGAACGACAAUGCCGCCUGAAGCAAUGCUUCAACUGCCAGAAAUACGGCCACAUAGGAACCCAAUGCAAAGCCAGAACAGCAUGCGGCCACUGCGCGCAAGAACACAACUCCCGGGACUGCCCUUCGAAAGCCGACACACCCAAGAAGUGCGCGGGCUGCAACGGACCGCACGAGUCCUGGAACCGCCAUUGCAAGAUCAGGAAGGAACAGCUUACCAGGACCAAGGCGGCGUACGACAACCGACCCAAGUACCACCCGGUACUAGAGACCCCGAAGCCGGUAGCCCAGGUUGGAAACCCCAUAACCGGAAUGAAGAGACAACGGUUAACGAGGGACCUGACCGCCUCCCAAGCAGGCCGGGCCUCGAAGCAGACCAAUACAGGGCUGGCCAGCGGCGAGGAGAACAAGGAGAACGAAUCGGCGGCAAGCAGCCAGAGGCCGCAACGCGUGAUACAGCCAUCACGUAAGGCGCUGGAGGCGUGA